GCGUGUGAGCUCUGGGCGCAGGUGGGGCGGCGCAGACCCGGGGCUGGGGGCCCGACGGGAGGCUAACGGGGUCCCCAGAGCGCGGGGCCCUCGGGCUCUGGGCGGGCGACGACAGAAGGGAAGCCGAGACCUCGCCCGGAGUCAGGUGGCCGCAGGCCAAGGAUGCACCGUGGCCCCCAAAGGAAGCCGGAUGGAGGGUAGCCCUUCUCCCGGAGCCGCCUCGGCAACCACUGAGGGCCCCGAGGACAGCAUGGCCCCGGCUGAGGGCCUGCCUGGCCCCCUCCCCCAGGACGCCCGCCAAGGGGCCCUGUCCUGCUCCUCAUCAGUCUUAGACCUGAGUCAGAGCGGCCUGCGCCAUCUGGGGGAGCUGCUCAGGAUCCCCAGCCUCCAGCAACUACACCUGCAGAGGAACGCACUGAGCACCAUCCCCAAGGACUUCUUCCAGCUGCUGCCCAACCUCACCUGGCUAGACCUCCGGUACAACAGGAUCAAGGCGCUGCCCUCUGGGAUCGGAGCUCACAGGCACCUGCGAACUCUGCUCUUAGAGAACAACCCCAUCCGAGCGCUCCCUGCGGAACUGGGGAACGUGGUGACGCUGAAGGCACUGAACCUGAGGCAUUGCCCCCUGGAGUUCCCUCCUCAGCUCAUCGUGCAGAAGGGGCUGGUGGCCAUCCUGAGCUUUCUGCGGAUCUGCGCGACAGAGCACUCCUGUCCCCAUGAGGCGGUGCCCCGAGAAAGUUCACCUGUGAUAAUGGCACAGCCCAAGGAGCCUGCGGGCCCCACGUGGGACUUGCCAGGGGACCACACCAUCUUGGUGCAGGGCCCAGGGGUGACCACCUUCCCCGCCGUGGAGAAGCUAGAGCUCCACCUACUCAACAGGCCAGACUCGGCCAAGCACGUGCCCAGCGAGGCAGAGCUCCGGCGCUUCUGGAAGGUGAGGCAGGAGAUCGUGGGGUACCAGGGAGCCGAUGUGCUCGCCCACCAGCUGCUGUCCCUACAGCUGCCCCCACACGUCCAGGCCGUGCUGGAUGGCAAGACGGAGGACCAGGCUCAGCCCGAGACCAGGGUUCCAGAGAACACACGGCUGAGAGCCUUGUGUGACGUCCCGAGGAAGGCGCCCUCCCUCAGGAGCACCCUGCCGGGCCUGGUGCCACCACGCCGGGCAGAGGUGGGAGGCCGGCGGAGGGAAGUGAGCCGGGCGGUAGCCCUGGCGGAGCUGCGGGAGCGGCAGGUCCUGCUGGAGCAGCAGCGUGCGAGAGACAAGAGGAUGCUGCAGGAGUGGAGAGCGCGUGCCCGGGUGCUGCCACGUGACCGGGUCAGCCAGCUGCUGGCCUCACAGAGGAGCCUGGUCCCAUCCAAGAUCCCCCUGGCCUCAGAUAUAGUCGAUUACGGGAGGACACUGAAUCCACUCAGGAGGCUGCGACAAGGAAAAGAGCGGGCACCACAGGCAGCCCAGGGGCCCAGCGCCUUCCAAGGGAGGGACCUGGAAGCCAGGAUCAAGCAGCACACACUGCAGGCACGGAAGCUACAGGACGAGGUGCUGAAGCUGGGCUCCACCUUGGAUAAAGACCACCGGCUCACCUUCCUGGGAAGCCUCUCCCUGCCCCCUGCAGCUUCACAGCCUCAAAAUGUAUUUUUUAACAUGAAGUAUGGAGAAUCAGGAAAUGGAUACAGAUACUAGUGGCCAGCGUGACUGUGCUGACAUGGCCCCAGACAAGCGCUGGGUGGUGGAGCGAGGCGUGUGAUUCAUGGUGACUCUUGGACUUACUGCCUGUUGGAAACCCGCUCCCUCCCCUCCCAAGGCUGUGCAGUCAGAACUGCAUUAAAUGAACA